ACAAGUACACGUGGGCCUGGCGCUUUAGUUAUUACGCGUAGAAGGUUGUGUAGUAUUUUAACCAAAUCUUUGUAUUUGGUAUUUUUAUGGUUAAACUUAAUAAUGAAGACUUGCAGUCAGUCAACAAUACGAGGCAUUAGAGUUUUAGACAUUUUAUAUUUCUGAAAAUAGGAGUUGAUACAAAAUAUGAAGUAAAUUAUAAUAUUUAAAAUGUCCUGACUUUGGGCCAUUGCACCCUCACGUUUUUGCCUUUAUCCAGAAUUCUUGAGUAAAGAAAACGAGAGCUAUAUUUGAAUGAUUCUAGUGAAGGACGUUUUGUAUAUUUGUAAUGCUGGAACUCAAAGUAUGUUUUACUGGAUCAACACAGAAGUUCUGGUCUGCUUCUGUAAAAGUUACAUCACUAACGAGUCCCAGCAUUUUCUUCUGACGAGCCAGCACAACAUUUUGUCUUUUCUUUCUACACUGGCUCAUUAAAAUAAACCACGACUGCACAACUACCAUCAGAUCACCUUUUCCGCGGCUAAACCGAAUCAUACCAAUUUACACAGUUCAUAGCUAGCAGCUUUGGUCGGUGUUCCGACAAAGUUUACACUAGUGUGCCCUCUACAGUCCCAACGAAGUAAUGUGUCAUCCCACGGUUUGUCGCUACUUGGCCCUUGGAUAAAGGCAUUGUAGAAGGUUCGGGGAUGGAAGAUUUGGAAGGGAGAAACUGUCUUAACCAUCGAUGUUUGCAGUCAGUGUAAAUUACAACGGGAACUAGGUACGAGUUGUGGAAUGGUAGCAUAAAAGUACUUGCGUGGCAAGAGCUGCUGUGCUUCCCACUGCUAUUGAGCUGAGAAGUACUAAAACGGAGUCUGUCACGGUGCUCGUCGAUUGGGCCUGUUUCAGAAAUUCGCUGUCUGUCGCUGUAUUUGUCAUUGAACUGGAGCUGACAGUGGGUGCUCUAUUCUUUGUGUUUUCAAGUCAAAGAGCUGUUCUGCUGCUUCUUGCCUGGGUGCUUCCCAGAUCAUUAAGGAGUCUCAGGAGUCUAUGUCACCAUGGCUCGUAGAAGGCUGGAUGAAGCUAUAAGAGUAUCUCGGGUAUUAAGUAACUCGGCAGUGAAUGAAGAAAAUGCUGGUCAAGAUUUUACACAGCUUUGUAUCCAGCAGCAUGUCUCUCUGUCUAAAGAUAUUCACAGUGUGUAUAGUGUGAGUUUUUCCCCAGAUGCUCCUGAUCUUGCUGUUGGAUUUGGAAAUGGAGCAGUACAGAUUGUUGAUGCAAAAAGUGGUUCCAUGACAUGUGAGUUAUUCCCUGGGCACCGUACACAUCUUCCUGUCACUGCUUUGAAUUAUCACCCUUGCAAAUCGCAGAUCCUAAUGACAGUUGGUGCUGAUGGUAUUGUGACAGUGUACAACUUGGUAUCAAAGAAUGCAGUCCAUCAUGUUACAGAGGAGAAGAAUGAGAUUAAUGCAUUAGACUUUUGUCUGGAUGGUAGUGUAUUUGCAACAGCUGGAAAGGACAGAAAUAUCCGUUUAUAUGAUAGUAAGACCGUUCAGCUUGUCCACAUGUUUGAAGCUCCAAAUUUCAUGACUGUCGAUGAUCUUACUGUAACCAGUGGCCACUCUCGGCGCAUUUUUGCUUUGAAGUUUCACCCUGUGGAGUGUCAUAUUUUCCUGACUGGAGGAUGGGACAAUUCCGUUAAGAUCUGGGACCGAAGAGUCGCAAGAGCUGCUAGAAGUGUGAUAAAUGGACCUCAUAUCUGUGGCCCAGCCAUCGAUAUUCUAGACAACAAGAUUUUGACAGGAUCCUGGGUGGCACAUGACGCACUGCAGUUGUGGGACUUCAGGAAUUGCCAGUUAGAAAAAAACAUAAAUUUUCCAGGAAAUAUAAACCACGGGGAGUUCCUCUAUGCAGCACAGUUCUGUAACCAUCACACAGUGAUUGCUGGAGGCAGUGGUACUUGCAGUGCUGCUGCCAUCAAUGUGACAACAGAUGAGGUCCUUGGUGAAAUCUCUUUGACAAACAAACCUGUGCAGACAGUGGACAGCAUACAGGAUGGGCAGCUAAUUGCUGUAGCUGGCAUUGGUGGUAACCUUCAUACAGCUACUCUCUGCUGAUCACACAGUAUUUGUACCAAUAAGCAUUAUCGACUAAGAAUCCAUCUUGUAUGCCACAAAGAAAAAAAUCUACAGUGCCAAACUGCAAGGAAAAAUAAAUUUGCCUUGCUUCUGUUAUUGAAAGUCACCUGUCUGUGAAAUGCUUACAUGCUCUUCAGUGUGGCUAACUUAAUUUUGUCAACUAAUUCUCUGAUGAAGAAAAUAGUUUUGUAUAGGCCAAGAUAUAUAAUUUUUGUAUUAUAAUUACAUUGUAUUCUCCCUACAAAAUGCAUUUUUAUGUUAAAUUUAGUUACAUUGGCAAAUAUAUAUCUCUAAAUGUCACUAGUAUGUUUUAAUAAACAUUAUGACCCAAUAGAA